AUGGCCACACAUAUCAUAAGAAGAUCCAUUCAUGCCUUCUUCCAGAGCUACCACUCCUUCGCCUCCAUCGCCACCCUUUUCGUCUUCCCGGUCUCGGCUUCCCUUCUUCUCUCCCAAGCACUCGUCACCUCUUCCUCUGUCAUCCUGCCGAGCAUCUCUUCUCGCCUCGAAUCAUUGUUCCAAGCUGCGGGCUUUCCUGCAACCCAAUUCUUUUCUCUUGUCCGACUCAAGAUCUCUCAAACUAUCUUCUCCUUCACCCUCACACUCCCCUUCACCGUCACCUUCCUACUCCUAGCCAAAGCAUCCAUCAUUGAAGUCAUUCGUGAAUUCCCCAGCCGCAGUCAUGCUCCUCCUCCAUUCUCUUCUUUCCUCCACCUCUAUCGCUCGCUCCUACCGACUCAUCUCUUCAACUCUCUUGUCAUCCUCUCAGCCAAUGCCACCAUAUUUUCCCUCUUAUUCCUUGUCUUCAAUGCUGUGGAUGUCAUUGGCUUCUCCUCGAGCAAUUCCCUCCUCUUCCUCUCUGCAGCUGCUGCUGUUCUCUAUUCGGUGAUCGUCGCCAAUGCAACAGUAAUCUGCAACCUGGCAAUUAUAGUGUCGGCAAUGGAGAAUAGCAGCGGCUGCCUCCCAGUCCUCAAGGCAUGCAUGCUCAUCAGAGGCAGGGUCAUGACUGCAUUAACCCUGGCCUUGCCUCCCAAUCUGGGGAUGGCUGCUAUCGAAGCUUUGUUUCACUACAGGGUUGUGAGGCCAUACCAUCUGUCAAAAUUCAGCCUGUCGGUUAUCUGGGAGGCCUUCUCAAUCACUUACAUGCAUUCCCUCGUCAUCAUUCUUGAGAUCAUCAUGAGCUGCGCAUUCUUCAGGAGCUGCAAGUUGGAGUGCCACACAAAUCUGGAGAAUAAAAGUUAUUACAAAACAGAAUUGGAACCAGAAGAGAAAGGUGCUCCACAAGUCUGA